AUCAUUAGGUGUUCAACAAAUGGAGAAGACAUCGAUUUCUGACUGCCACAAACUGUAAUUAUUAUUUUUUUAAUGAUUAACCUGAAUCAUAACAGUCCCGGGCUAAUGAAUGUGAAUAAACACAUAAUUUCUAAUUUCAAGUUUAACAGGCCAAUAAAGGAGAAAGAAAUGGAAGAGUGAGUCUGCCAUAGAAUUUAUUAAUGGUUCAAGGACAAAUGGAGAAGAAGAUCUUAGAAAGGAGGUGCUGCUUGAGUUUGUCCCUGCAAUUUCACUAGUUACAGCAGCCUGAGGCAAACAGCCAAUUCUUGAGACGGGGUGAAGUGGGCAGCAAGAGCUAUAUUAUAUAUACGGGUAUCUGGAGACGGAGGGGAAUGAGCUCCUCCUAAAACCGUCUGUCUCAGGGAACUGCAGGCCAGCUAGGGUUUUAAAGGGAAAAGGGGCUAUAGGUCUUAGGAAUUUGUGGAAUGUGCAUUCUCUUUCUGUUUGGUCCUAUUUGAAACUUGUUGAUUUUUUCUUGCCUUAUCCCAUCAGCCAAGGGGUUGGCUGGUGCCAUCUGUCAUCCUGUUUGACAGGCUUAGAUUAAUAUCACUUGUUUUCCAAGGUCCUAGGGGAAGCAAGGGGAAGCAUUAGUUAACAUUUAACUUUUAGGGGAGUUAACAGCAAAAUCAUACUUGGAAACAGAGACAGGCUAGGGAAAGGAAAAAUGGCGAGGGUUUUGUUCAAGAUAUGGUUGAGCACCCUGUUUCAAGUUCAUUACUAUUAGGCUUGUUUAUAAUGUGGACAAUACCUGAAAAGGAUUAAACUAUUUUUUAGAUUGACUCGAUUAUUAUUUUUUUAAAUUGUUAAAUUAGUGUGAUGCUUUAAGAGAUUUUCUUUCCUUUUUUUUAAAUUCUGUUAGUAUUAGAUUUAUGUCAAGCCAUCUACACAGUUUUAUUAUAUUCUCUUUAUAAUAAACAUUGGAAAUUUAAAGGUGACUAAAUGGAAAUGACAUUUUACUUUCUGAUUAUGGAAUAGCAUUUCUUUCCUUGUGCUUUACAUUUCAAAUAUAGUAUAGGCCUUCUAAAUCCUAUAAAUCUAAUGAAGAAAUAAAAUGUAUACACCUUCUCAGAAUUGGGGGCCACUGAAAAGAGGCCUUUCCCCUUCCGGGAAAUAGCAAGAGUAAAAGUUCUUUGUCAGAAAUAUUUGUUUGCAGACUUAUAAAAUCUUUGUAGAAGUUCUGUCAAUACAUUUCUGUACCAGAGAAUAUUUUAACAUAUGUGUAGAAAAUAUCGUGGAUACAUACAUGCAUUGGAAAAGAAAUACUGGUAAGAAAAGAUAUCUGAGAAAGAGAGGAGAGAACAGAAGAAAAACAGCAGAGGCUUUAAAAGGAAUGGGUUAGGAAAGGAUACUAUAAAGGAAGAAUGGCUAUAUUUGGUAUGUGUAUUUACUGAUCUCUAUUUAUUUUAUUAGAUAAAAUGCACCUCUAUCUGGACCAGAUUUAAGAAAAUGCUCAAUUUUACUGAUGUGACAGAAUUUAUUCUUUUGGGAUUAACUAGUCAUCCUGAAUUGCAACUCCUUUUCUUUGCGAUUUUCUUAAUGGUCUACAUUAUCACCUUGGUUGGGAACAUUGCCAUGGUCAUAUUAAUCAGGAUCAGUCCCCAGCUCAGCAGCCCCAUGUACUUUUUCCUCAGUCACUUGUCUUUUGCUGAUGUGUGGUUCUCCUCUAACAUCACCCCUAAAAUGUUGGAAAACUUGAUAUCCCAGACCAAAACCAUUUCCUAUCCCGGUUGUAUAGUGCAAUGUUUCUUCUUCAUUGCCUUUGUCCACGUAGAGGUCUUCAUCCUUGCUGUGAUGGCCUUUGAUAGAUACAUGGCGAUUGGCAACCCUCUAUUAUACGGCAGCAGAAUGUCAAGGACUGUCUGUAUCCGACUGAUCUCGUUUCCUUAUAUAUAUGGCUUCUUUAUCAGUCUGAUCUCAACACUCUGGACUCAUGGUUUAUACUUCUGUGGGAACAUUGAGAUCAACCACUUCUACUGUGCAGACCCAGCUCUCAUCAAAAUGGCCUGUGCUGGGACCUUCAUUAAAGAAUACACCAUGCGCACUUUAGCCGGUCUCAACUUCUCUUAUUCCUUAUUGAUUAUUAUUGUCUCCUAUGUAUUUAUCCUGAUUGCCAUCUUAAAAAUGCAUUCAGCAGAAGGAAGAAAGAAAGCCUUCUCCACAUGUGGGUCCCACCUGACAGCUGUAACCAUAUUUUAUGGAACUCUCUUCUUCAUGUAUCUUAGAAGCCCAACUGAGGAGUCUGUGGAGCAGGGAAAAAUGGUGGCUGUGUUUUAUACCACAGUGAUUCCUAUGUUGAACCCCAUGAUCUACAGUCUCAGGAACAAGGAUGUGAAGGAGGCUAUGAUCAAAGCAAUCAGUAGAACUUUUUUAAGUAAACAAAACAGAAAUUUACAAUGUAUGAUGAGAUCCAUAGUCCAAUAGAAGGGAUGGAAGUUAACCAUUUCUUUCAGAUAAUUUACUUACCAAGAUCAAAUUAGUUAUUUUGGAAAAGAGAAUUUUUUUUUUCAUGACUCUUAGAUGUUUCACGAAUCAACCUUUUAAAUUCUGUUUUAAAGGGACUGUACUGUCUCUUCUUACACCUAGAGUAGGUUAUGGAUUAUAUGUUAUUUCAACAUGCUUGGAUGGAAUAUGAUUUUACAAUAAGUCAUUCUCAUGACUGAAGACAAUAUCCCUGACUAUGGGAUAUAUUAGGUACAUUCUGUUUUAAAUGCUAUUUAAACUAUAUUCAUUAAUGCAACUGUACUCUACAUGAGCUCGCAUUUUCAAAUACAUGCUGAUUAAUUAAAUAUACUUCAUUUUUGUAUGGACUU